UUGCCGGUCCUGAAGUCUAAAAAUACCUAUCCCACUCAAAUCAAUAUGCUUCUCCUGAGCAACCGACCAGCAUCUCCUGCAAAUUCACAUGGAUCGAUUUUCCGUCCCCUGAAAACAAUGCAAGCAAGGAAUACUUCCCAUGCUUUGCGUUGCCCGGGCAGGGAGGUGAGAAAAUCCAGCGGCUCACUUCUCCACCAAGUCAAGUGCACGCUCGAAUCUAUUCUUCUCCUCUCCUAAUCCAUCUGCUCGAUCUGUUCAUAGAAGUGUUUGUAUAUAUACAUCCAGCACGAAUAGCCAUUGCCAUCAACACAUACCACCAGCAGGAGAAGCAUUCCGAUCGAAAGCACAUCACAUUCAGCCAGUUCGAGGGUAGCAUCGUCGAAGAAGCCGCGUCCAUGGACAGGGCCAGCAACCGCGCCUACGAGGAGUUCGACCCCUCCGUCGCGUGGAGCCGCGGCGCCGAGGCCGACAGCGUCAAGAUCGUACUCCCAGGGUUCAAGAGGGAGGACAUACGCGUGCUGGUGGACAACCACGGCCACCUGCGGACGCGCGGCGAGCGGCUCGUCGCCGGCACCAGGUGGAGCCGCUUCCAGAAGGACUUCCAGCUCCCGGACAACUGCAGCGUCGACGGCAUCCGGGCCAAGUUCGAGAGCGAGACGCUCACCAUCACGCUCCCAAAGAAGACCCCCUCGCCGCCAUCCGCCCCCGUGACGCCCGCGCCCUCCAUGGGGAGGGCGGCGGCGGCGCCGUCGCAGAGGAUCCCGCCGCCGGCGCUUCCGGAGCCGGCUGCGCCGCCCGCGGUGCCGGCGGCGCCGCUGGCUCCUGCCACUUCCCAGAGGCAGCCCGCCGAGCGCAGGCCGUCGCUGCCGAGGAAGCCGUCGGCUGUUGAUCCGGCGCCGGAGCUGCCAGCGCGGCUGCCCUCCGUUCCGACGCCUGCUGCGGCAGCCACCAAGCCCGAGCCGUCGCUGGCCGCCGUCCAGAGGGCGAAGGAGGAGGAGGAGGAGAAGAAGCGGAUGGAGAGGGAGAUGAUGGGGAAGAUGGAGGAGGACAGGAAGGCGGCGCAGGAGAAGGAGAAGAAGGAGACGGCCCAGGAACGGCAGGACGAGGCGGCGAUGGUAGAGAUGGCGAUGGCGCACCAGCCCAGGCCGGCAUCCGCGAGCCGCCGGCUGCUGGUGAACGUGGCGGUCGCGGCGGCGUUGCUCCUCGGGAUCACCGUCUACGUGUGGCACAACCUGCGGAACGCAGCCGGCGGCGCGGGCGAUCACACCCACGGCCAUGGGCACCUGGGAGCCGGGAGCUACGGCGACGAGAUGUGAGCAGGCUGACUCGAGGUGUGGCGGUGGCGUGCGAGUGGCCGAGUACCCAGCAAACUGGCUAGGAGCCAAUGCAAGUAUAUACACAUACACACAUACAUGGGAGGUGGGGUACAUAUACGUGUGCUGUUUGUUUAUCAUCUGGUGUGACGGCUUAAUGAGCUUAAAGACGGGUAUUUGCUUGGUCGAUCAAAUUCAGAAAAAAGAUUAAAAUGAUACACAAAUAUUGUAUUACUGUUUUUCUUUGUUAUAUUACUAGCAGACACCACAAAAUAAUCGAUGUGUUAUGUGUGCGUACGAGAGAGUAUGAAUGGAAAUAGAAAAGAGUAAAUGGAGAUCGGGAUUUGUACGUGUGAAGUUGGAGGAGGUGAAAUGUAACACAUGGAAAAGCAAGAUGCAAAUAUGAAAGAUUCCUGUAACAUAUA